AAUCAAUCACACUCAUUGGCAAGUUUGCGUUGUUUGUGAUAUGACUUUGUUCGGUAUGAUUGGCUAUCUGAUGAAAGACACACAAGUGGGGUGCAGACAAUUUUGCGAUAUAAUGUAUAAAAAGAGAUCCGAUCUGAAUCUCUGUAUUUCUGCAAUCGCUUUCAUCGUUGUAGGACCAUAGGUAAAUCGAUCCGUCUGAAAUCUUAAACUUCGAUCAUGUGUCGAUCGAUCAUUUUUGCGUGGGCGCUUUUCGUCCUUACGACGUUUACGUCGUCAGGACCAGUCUCUCUCGUGGAUGUUGAUGGAUCGUUUAGCAUGAUUCCAAACGAAGAAUCGGGAAUCAAGGUAGCCCAAUGGACCGAGAAUAUGAAGAUGAAUCCCGAGGAAUUAGGCAGCUAUUUGGAGGGAGAUAUUAUCCUCACCAAAGAUAGUGCAAGGAAUGGUGCAGCAGACGAGUCUCUCCGUUGGCCUAACGGCAUUAUUCCCUUCGUGAUCACCGGUAACUUCAAUGCUCAACAGAAGGCACUUAUACAAGCAGCGAUGAAAGAAUAUGAAACAAAGACAUGUAUCAAAUUUGUAAAAAGGACGAACCAAAAAGAUUACAUCAAUAUUGUUAGCGACAAUACUGGAUGUUGGAGUUACGUUGGCAAGAUCGGUGGUGAACAAAAAGUUAACUUGCAGAGACCUGGUUGUAUUACAAAGAUAGGUACUGUGAUACAUGAAUUCCUGCACGCAUGCGGUUUUUGGCAUGAGCAAAGUAGAAGUGACCGAGAUAAUUACGUGACUAUCAUUUGGAAUAAUAUUGCAUCCGGUACCGAGAAUAAUUUCGAUAAGAUGAAUCCAAAUCAAGUCCUUGACCUCGGUGUUGGUUACGAUUACAGCAGCGUGAUGCAUUAUUCGGCAUAUGCGUUCUCUAAGAAUGGCAGAAAAACUAUUGAGACCAAAAAUCCAAACGCAAUAAUCGGUCAAAGAGAAGGUUUUAGCAAAUCAGAUAUUGAAAAGCUUAACAAAAUGUACAAAUGCAACCGCUAAUGUAAUGAUAUACGUAUUCUAUAUUUUCAUUAAUAAUCAGUAUUGAUGAAUGAAUACGAUUUUGGCAAUGUCUCUGUAUAUUAAUAAUAAAUUUUGAAUUAAAACGUUUAACAAAAACUUCUGCA